GGCUCCCUCAACACAAACUUUCCGUCCCGCUCGCUCCCUCCUCCGCGCCCAGCACCUCCCGCUCCGGCCCGGCUCAUUCCGUACAUUCCGGCCAUCCCCCUGCCCACGACCCCCCUUCCCGGCCCCCCUUACUACUCCCUCGGGCCCGGCGGAGCGGCCCGGCGGAGCGCCCCCCGGAGCUCGGAGCAGGCUCAGGCCAUCCAGGGGGCUCAGGCCCAGAGCCCAGAGCAACCAGCACAAUAGCGUCCAACAGCUGGACCGCCAACAACAGCCCCGGGGAGGCCCGGGAAGAUGGGUCCGAGGGCCUGGAUAAAGGGCUGGACAACGAUGCCGAGGGAGUGUGGAGCCCAGACAUCGAGCAGAGCUUUCAGGAGGCCCUGGCCAUCUACCCGCCUUGUGGCCGGCGCAAGAUCAUCCUGUCGGAUGAGGGCAAGAUGUACGGUCGAAAUGAGCUGAUUGCCCGAUACAUCAAGCUGAGGACUGGAAAAACCAGGACGAGAAAACAGGUGUCCAGCCACAUACAGGUUCUAGCUCGGAAGAAGGUUCGGGAAUACCAGGUUGGCAUUAAGGCUAUGAACCUGGACCAGGUCUCCAAGGACAAAGCUCUUCAGAGCAUGGCAUCUAUGUCGUCUGCCCAAAUCGUCUCUGCCAGCGUCCUACAGAACAAGUUCAGCCCACCCUCCCCUCUGCCCCAGGCUGUCUUCUCCACCUCAAGGUUCUGGAGCAGCCCCCCUCUGCUAGGACAACAGCCUGGACCGUCUCAGGACAUCAAGCCCUUUGCACAGCCUGCCUACCCCAUCCAGCCUCCCCUGCCGCCAACACUCAAUAGUUAUGAGUCCCUGGCCCCGCUGCCCCCAGCCGCUGCCACUGCUGCCUCCGUGCCUGCCUGGCAGGACCGCACCAUCGCCUCCUCCCGGCUACGCCUCCUGGAGUAUUCUGCCUUCAUGGAGGUGCAAAGGGACCCCGACACGUACAGCAAACACCUGUUUGUACACAUCGGCCAGACAAACCCUGCCUUCUCAGACCCACCCCUGGAGGCAGUGGAUGUUCGCCAGAUCUACGACAAGUUCCCCGAGAAGAAAGGGGGGCUGAAGGAGCUCUACGAGAAAGGGCCCCCCAAUGCCUUCUUCCUUGUCAAGUUCUGGGCUGACCUCAACAGCACAAUCCAGGAAGGCCCUGGGGCCUUCUACGGGGUCAGCUCACAGUACAGCUCGGCGGACAGCAUGACCAUCAGUGUCUCCACCAAGGUGUGUUCCUUCGGCAAGCAGGUGGUAGAGAAAGUAGAGACAGAGUAUGCCCGCCUGGAGAACGGCCGCUUUGUGUACCGCAUCCACCGCUCACCCAUGUGCGAGUACAUGAUCAACUUCAUCCACAAGCUGAAGCACCUGCCCGAGAAGUACAUGAUGAACAGCGUGCUGGAGAACUUCACCAUCCUGCAGGUGGUCACGAGUCGGGACUCGCAGGAGACCCUGCUGGUCAUUGCUUUUGUCUUUGAAGUGUCCACCAGUGAGCAUGGGGCACAGCAUCACGUCUACAAGCUUGUGAAAGACUAGCAUGCCCACAGGAUGCAAGUCGGACCUCCUCCGAACACCUGCCUGCCUGGUCUCCCUGGGUGUGGGUUGGGGGGACCUACCCACCCAUGGGUUUCUUCAGGCUGGGACCUGGGCUGCCUCCCUGGCCCCAGCACACACACUCCCUGCCACUGUUCUGCGCUUUACUGGAGAGAAGAGGGCUCCACGGUGGGGUGGCUUGCCUGGGCACUGAGCCAUAGAUGACCUGGCCUCAGGUGAUAUCAGAAUUGUACUAUGGAGGACACCUUGGGGGCUUAGUGUGUUGUCCCUGGCCACUAGAGGAGUGUGAUGGGCAGGAGAGAGGGUAGCAUUAAGACUAGGAAGAGACAGCUUGCAAGGAGGCCCUGGUACAAGGUGUCAAAUUGGGGGAUAGGUUGAGAAGGGCCUACACUUCUUCGGACCUUCUGGGUACCAGCCCCUUAACACAGCAAGUCUGGGUCUCCUGAAAGUGCCAAGAUGGAGGCCCCCAGAAGCAGACAGAGCUGGAGGCUGGGUUCAGCUACCUCCCCAGCAGAGCUGGGUGCUGGCAGGGAAGGGGCGUGCUGUGGAAUGGUACAGCUGGGCUGGAGCCUAGACAGGGUUCUACUUCCUGUUCUCCCAGUGUGCUAGCCACUAGGCACCCCUCCCUCCAUGUCCUGCAGACAGGUGGCAGGGAACAGGAGGCUGCCUCUGCCUUCUCUACAUCCAGGUCCCAAGGUCGCCUGGGUAUUUAUGAGUUUCAAAUGAAGUACUGUGCCCCUCCUCAUCCAGCCCGAGCUCCCUGAAGGUCUUCACCAUUGCAUACUGCUCAGGCCACCCCUAAACCCCACCUAGGUUUUAUAUCAUGUAUUAUAUAUAUUUUUGUGUAUUUUUAAAAUCCAGCUGUGACGGGCUAUAUCGUAAAUGGCUCUAAGGCAGGGGCCACUCAAGGCCUGGCUCCUGCUUAAAAAAAAAAAAAAAAUUAAAAAAAAAAAAGCUGUUUCUGGGUCAGGACAGUUGUGCCACAUG